UUUUACUUUUUUAAAUUAUCCUAAAAACGUUAAUUGCAUAUAAAUAAACCUCUAUAAUUGAUCGAAAAGCCACUAACUAUUAACUGAACAAUAGUAAUAUCGGUGUGCGAUCAUACAAAAUUGAAGAAAAUCGAACAGACAGAGGAUUGCGAAUUGAGACGUGCAGAAAAGGACGCCGACGCUAAAUACAAAUUCAAUUCCAGCACCCUUUCCAAAUUCCAGCAGAUCACAAAGAUGAGCAAAGACAUUUAUUACUCGGAUAAAUACUAUGAUGAAAAGUUCGAGUACAGACAUGUGGUUUUGCCGAAAGACCUCGUGAAGCUGGUACCCAAAACGCAUUUGAUGACUGAAACCGAAUGGAGAUCAAUUGGAGUACAGCAAUCACGCGGUUGGAUACACUACAUGAUACAUAAACCGGAGCCGCACAUUUUGCUAUUUCGGCGUCCCAAAACGGAGGAGUAAACCCGUAUAGAGGCACCUUACAAAGUAACUCCACACACACUCACACACACACAUUCACAUGCAUACAAUACAUCUAAUAUAUAAUAUAAGCAUACAUGGAAGCGUUACAGCUGACACGAUAGUGCAGCAGCGGCAGCAGCUGCGACUGCGCAAAAGGUGGUAGCUGCGCGCAACUGUUGCAGCGACGGCGGUGGCGGCAACAACGACAACAAAAACCCACGCAUACCAAUACACACGUACACUUUUCUCUCAAUCCUUUACAAUAUUCAUGCACACACACACAGUCACGCUCACGCAUACAACCCGAUUUAAUCCUUACGUACAAGUAUUAGAUUGCUUUUGACAUUCUUUUUGCAUUUUUUCUUUGAAAUUAGAGUUGCCAUAUUUUGUGUUUUGCCAUAUAUUUA